UAGUCCUCACUGCUGCCUUGCUAACCAUGAAUGGGAUGGCCAACGUGAACUCUGCCAGCCGCCCCCACUAUGCCUCCUCUAUCCCUGUGCCUCGAGCUGCUUCCCAGACCAGGACUCAUACCCCGGGCGCCUCUCCCCAGCCGCGGCCACGCCAGGCCGGCCUGGCCCUGAGCCCCCAGCGUGCAGCCUCCCCAAGACUGGGCAAGGCAGGAGGUCCUUCCAGAAACUCCUCUCCUAAGGCCUCCCGGGGGAGAGGCUCCCCCAAGGCUUCUGGGGUGGUGAGAGAGUCAGCUGAGGGUGGUGAAGGCCUUUCCAGCUCCCCAUGGAGCAGUCCCAGGGCAACCCCAAAAGCAGCCCUCUCCAGCUGGGCUGGGGCCAGAAGAGUUGGGGAGACACAAGGCACCCAGGGAAAGAAGAAGGUGGCUCAAGAAGGGAUUCCAGUCCGCCAGAGCCGGGGCAGGAGCCCGUCCCGAACAAGCUCUCGUGGAGAAACUCAAAUACCAGGGGCUCCUGAAGGUCGAAAACUUCCUAACUACCCAGGAAAGGAUCAAAGAGAUGCAAACUACAGAAGUUCAGGGGUCCCCAGGUCUUUGGAGCCUGAUGCCGGGGCAGUAUCAGGGGCUUCCUCCCCAGGGUGCAGCCCCGUGCCAAGCAAACGCCCCUCCCCCACCCCUGGGGCCAUCAGCUUCGCCUCGGGCCAUCAGCAGAGUCAGCCAGUCACCGCCACAGUGGCCCCCUUCCAGUACAGGCUUCAGACGGACCAGGAACCUGGCCCCCUCCCUCAGGCUAGCUGGGUCCUUGAUGGCUACUCCGGCUGCCCUGUUGGGACUGAGGAGAGCUUCUCCUGUGCAGACGCGCGGAUCGUCCAUGCGCUCCUCGCGGGCAGAAUGCUGGGCAGCAGCGUCAAGAGCGUGCAGCCCGAGGUGGAGCUGAGUGGCGGCGGCGGCGGGGACGAGGGCGCGGACGAGCCUCGGGGCACCGGUAGGAAGGCGGCAGCGGCGGACGGCAGAGGCAUGCUGCCCAAGCGCGCCAAGGCCCCCGGCGGCGGUGGCGGCAUGGCCAAGGCCAGCGCGGCCGAGCUGAAGGUCUUCAAGUCUGGCAGCGUGGACGGCCGAGUCCCCGGAGGGCCUCCCGCCUCCAACCUGCGCAAGCAGAAGUCGCUCACCAACCUCUCGUUCCUCACCGACUCGGAGAAAAAGCUGCAGCUCUAUGAGCCCGAGUGGAGCGACGAUAUGGCCAAGGCGCCCAAGGGCUUGGGCAAGGCGGGGUCCAAAGGCCGCGAGGCUCCGCUUAUGUCCAAGACGCUGUCCAAGUCGGAGCACUCGCUCUUCCAGGCAAAAGGCAGCCCGGCGGGCGGCGCCAAGACCCCCCUGGCUCCCCUCGCGCCCAGCCUGGGAAAGCCGAGCCGGAUCCCGCGCGGCCCCUACGCCGAGGUCAAGCCGCUCAGCAAGGCUCCUGAGGCAGCCGUGAGCGACGAUGGCAAGUCGGACGACGAGCUGCUCUCUAGCAAGGCCAAGGCGCAAAAGGGCUCCGGGCCCGUGCCCUCCGCCAAGGGCCAGGAGGAGCGCGCCUUCCUCAAGGUGGACCCCGAGCUCGUGGUGACCGUUCUGGGAGACCUGGAGCAGCUGCUCUUCAGCCAGAUGCUGGACCCAGAGUCCCAGAGGAAGAGGACAGUGCAGAAUGUCCUGGAUCUUCGACAGAACCUGGAAGAGACCAUGUCCAGUCUGCGAGGGUCCCAGGUGACUCACAGCUCCCUGGAGAUGACGUGCUACGACAGUGAUGACGCCAACCCUCGCAGUGUGUCCAGCCUCUCCAGCCGCUCGUCCCCCCUCUCCUGGCGCUAUGGCCAGUCCAGCCCGCGGCUGCAGGCCGGGGACGCACCCUCGGUGGGCGGGGGCUGCCGCUCGGAGGGGCCGCCCGCCUGGUACAUGCACGGGGAACGGGCCCACUACUCGCACACCAUGCCCAUGCGCAGCCCCAGCAAGCUCAGCCACAUCUCCCGCCUGGAGCUGGUCGAGUCCCUGGACUCAGACGAGGUGGACCUCAAGUCCGGCUACAUGAGCGACAGCGACCUCAUGGGCAAGACCAUGACGGAGGACGACGACAUCACUACCGGGUAA